CACGGCAACAGAGGGAGAGAGAGAGAGAGCAGAAGGACUUGGACAGGUAACAACACGACGGCGACAGGUGCCGCAGCCGACAGCUGACCGCUGCGUUGGCGCCCGGGUGGAUGCGGUGUAGGCGCCAUCUCUGCGCUCUUCUCCCCCCGGCGGCUGCGCUAGCCAAGCCUUGCCUGUGCGGCUGUGACUUCUUGGUGGUGCGCCUGCCGUUACUGUGAGUUGAACCCCGGCCGGCCUGGUAUAUAAUGGCCGCAUCUCCCGUUCUCCCCUCCCGGACCCCGGCUGGUUCGCAGGAUCGGAGCAGAUAGACAGACAGAGGGUUCCGUUUCCGUCGUCUCAUUGAGUCAGUCAGUCAGCUUCAGCUACAGGUUUCUCUUGUCGUCUCCUGCUUCAAUUCCUCACCGACGGCGACGAUCGCGCGUUCAUACACCAGGCGGUCGGUCAGGGUAGAUCAUCCUGCACAGAAUUCGGAUAACCUCUUUUCCACGUAUUCAGGAGACGUCUGAAAUCAUCCUUCAGCAAGCGUUUGUCAAUCAGGCAGAUCAACAAGGGCUUAAUAAUCCUACUAAUUCAGACGAGGAUGGGAUUCUUCUCAUUGUUUCUUGUGGCUUCGAUGCCAGUCGUCCAGGUCCUGCUCAUAGGUGCCAUUGGAGCUUUCCUGGCCUCUGGUUUCAGCAACGUUCUGACGACCAGUGCUCGAAGGGAUAUGAACAAGGUUGUUUUUACUGUAUUCACCCCAUGUUUGAUGUUCGCCAGCCUCGCGAAGACGGUCACGCUCGCAGACGUCAUUUCUUGGUGGUUUAUGCCGGUUAACAUAGGGAUCACGUUCAUUAUUGGUGGCACUCUGGGUUGGAUAGCAUGCAACAUCUUGAAGCCACCACAGCACUUUAGGGGAUUGAUCAUGGCCUUCUGCUCAGCAGGGAACCUUGGAAACCUGCUACUGAUAAUUGUCCCGGCUGUAUGCGACGAAGACGGGAGCCCCUUUGGGAAAGAUCCAAGCAUUUGCCGCUCACGUGGUCUCUCCUACUCGUCCUUGUCCAUGGCUCUGGGUGGCAUUUACAUAUGGACACACACGUACAGCCUCAUGCAGAAGUCAGGCAAGCUGUAUCACAAGAUGCAUUCCAAAAGCAUCCAAUGCCCAGCCGACAGCGACGAGGAGCAUUCAUCUGACUACCCUGACGAGGAGGCACCUCUUCCGACGUCAGUUAAGCCUGGCGAUCACGAGCACGGGGAAGAAAACCAAAUGGAGGCCCCUCUCUUGUCCUGUGAGAGCGAGGUCGCUGACAAGGGGUUCUGGACGAAUCUGAAGGACGCUGUCCACCAGUUCAUCGAGGAGCUGAUGGCGCCACCCACCAUAUCCGCAAUAAUUGGGUUUGUUGUUGGCCUGGUCCCAUGGCUAAAAUCCCUAAUCAUCGGCGACGGAGCUCCUUUUAAAGUUAUACAGGAUUCCCUCCAGCUGAUGGGUAAUGGCGCGAUUCCUUGCAUCACCCUCAUCCUAGGUGGAAACCUGACUCAAGGGCUUCGGAAGUCGGGGCUGAAGCGUAGGGUGAUCGUCACAAUCCUGUGCAUCCGCUUCGUGCUCCUCCCGCUGAUCGGCAUCGCCGUCGUCCACGCCGCCUACGGGCUCGGGUUCCUGUCCCGUGACCCUCUGUACCGCUACGUGCUCAUGGUGCAGUUCGCCGUGCCUCCGGCGAUGAACAUCGGAACCAUGGCUCAGCUGUUCGACGUUGGCCAAGAGGAGUGCUCCGUGAUCUUCCUCUGGACGUACCUCGUUGCCGCGGUUGCGCUGACGACGUGGUCGACGAUCUUCAUGUCCAUUCUGUCUUGAUUGAAGUCGAUCGCUGGAAUCAAUGGACGGUCGCAUUUGGGAGCCUGCUGCUGCUCAAAACUUUCAGCUUAGCAAGAGGAAAGGAGGAGGGGGAUGAUGAUGAUGGAUCACAAGAGUCUGUCGGAGGCUCGGAGCAAAAGCUAGAACUACCUAUCUUCUUUAGCAAGUAUAUAUACAUAGGCAGUAGAGUAUGAUCAAAUGAUCAUUUAGGUAAUUAUUUAUUAUUUUAUUUGUGUUGGGCUGAUGGGCUGACCUAUUAGUUGGCGAUUGGCAUAGCUCAAACACAAUCUUGGAAAAAGUAGUGAAGGGUUCCAUUUUUGUUCCAUGUAUAUUAUCUACCUUAUAAUUCUAAAUCACACAUUAAAAUUUUAUCUCCA